AUGGCAAGUAAUACAGAGUCUUCCGUGACUCAACGUCCUCCCUUCUUUAAUAGACAGACCGAAGAGUCUGUUACUAAAAAACAUGAUCCUGAACAAACAGGAGAAGGCUUACACGCACCCGAGCUCCUCAGAGAUGAAGAGACUCACAACAAAUUGCUUGUUGAACAAGAUGUGGGUGUUACCAAGAUUGAAGCUUUAUAUGUCGUUUUCACUGGAUGGAAAAUCUGGCUCUUGUGGGGCAGUAUCGCAUUAAUCGCCAAUGUUUACGCUCUUCAAGGAUCAACAACUUCUACUUAUUUAUCGUUUGCUACUUCCGCGUUCAAAUCUCAUGCCUUACUUGGUACAAUUGGGGUCGUCACCUCCAUCAUGACAGCUGUUAUGAGACCUUUCGAAGCCAAAAUCGCUGACCUUGUCAGUAGACCAGCAGCUUUGACCAUGUCAGUUCUGUUCUACUGUCUGGGUUAUAUCACCGUAGCUGCUUCCAAGAAUGUUACCGAUGUUGCUGCUGGUGAGGUGUUGUAUACUAUUGGUACGACCGGUAUCACUGCUAUCAUGUCGAUUUUACUCGCGGAUAUCACAUCGUUACAAUGGAGAGGAUUAGCUUCUGGACUUUACUCUGCUCCUUAUAUAUACACAGCUUUCAUCGCUGGAUAUAUCACCAGUGGAAUCAAUGCUUACAGCGAUAAUGGUUGGCGAUGGGGUUUUGGAAUGUUCGUCAUCAUGAUUCCUGUAUUGAUGGCACCUGCUAUUGGAGUCUUAUUUUGGGCAGAUUCAAAAGCCAAACGACUUGGAGCACUCUCGCUCGCUGCGUCAUCUUAUACAAGACGAUAUACACUAGGACAAGAAGAUGGACCUAAGAAAUCAUUUACACAAUCAUUCGUUCACUGGUGUGUCAUUAUUGAUGUAGUCGGUUUACUCUUGAUGGCUUUCGCCUGGGCAAUGUUACUUUUACCAUUCACAUUGUACGCCAGCGCCAAAAAUCACUGGAAGAACCCAUCUCUGAUCGCAAUGUUUGUCAUUGGAGGUAUUCUCAUGAUCGCUUUCACCGUUUGGGAGCUCAAAUUCGCGAAACAUCCUAUAAUGCCAAAACGAAUCCUCAAUCGAUCACUGAUCUGUUCGUGUGUCAUCGACUUCUCGUACUACCUGUCAGGCUAUAUUCACAGUACAUAUUACCUUUCAUGGGUUUAUGUAGUUGUCGACUGGUCAGCAAGGGACUACGCUUUCUUUUCCAACAUCACAACAGUCGGAUUAUGUCUGUUUGGUGUUGCAGCAGGAUUGAUUCAAAGAUAUACACAUCGAUACAAGUAUCUUCAAGUUACAGGAUUAUGUUUAAGAAUUAUCGGACAAGCUAUAGUUUAUGUUCAAACAAGACACACGUAUCGAUCUGCAGGAUUAAUGGUCAUGGGACCAGUAAUCAUUUCUAUGGGAGGAGCAUGUUCGGUUGUCGGAUCACAAGUUGCAGCUCAAGCCUCAGUCCCUCAUCAAGAUAUGGCCUUAGCAAUGGCUUUAUUAGCUCUAUGGACAAGGAUAGGUGGUGCCAUUGGUGGUGCAAUCUCAGCUGCUAUCUGGACAAAUCAAUUACCAAAACACCUACAGGCUAAUUUGGGUCAAUAUUUGAACCAAACUCAAUUAACCAAUAUUUACGGUUCGAUCCAAGUUGCUAGAGCUCAAAAACUUCACAGGGAACUGAUUAUCAAAUCAUACCUCGAUACUGCUUGGUAUCUGGAAGUGCCCACUUUGAUAUUAUGUGUAGUACCUCUUAUCGCAGGAUUGCUAACUACCAACUUCUUUUUGGGUGAAAACCACAACGCCAUAGAGGAUAAGAAGGUCGUCAUUCAUAGAGAUCAAGACUCGAUCGAUGAGAAAUUAUCAAAGACCAGAGCCGAGAAUUAA